CUCCUAUAAAACAGGGAUAUACAUCUGAUAAAAUAGGCAAGUGGUGAGAGAUCUUGAGUAAGAGAUGGCAAGAACUAACUACUAAACGUCAGCAUUACUUGGGUAUAGGAAGGUAGAAUGGAACGAAAAGACUAGAAAUUCAAAGAGGAAUUAUAUGUAGCGUAUUUUAUUUCCUUUCAUUGUAGAAUGACGAGAUCGUAUUCCUUUCUUUGCGUUCUCGCUUGCACUACUUUAUUCCUAUACCCAGUGUUGGUACUAGCAGUCAGGGACACAACCAAACAUCAAGGCAACAGAAGCUCAAUCAAAUUGCUUUUUUUACACCAAAAAACCAAAUUGAAUAGAUGUCUAUAGAUUCAGAAGAUGUCUCGCAAUCAGUAUUUAGAGAUAGUAACGCCUCUUUGAAAGAUGUCGACGGAUGGAUCGAACAAUUAAAAAGGUGCGAACCUCUCAGUGAGUCAGAUGUAGAAGCCCUCUGUGAAAAGGCAAAGGAAGUCCUGUGCCGCGAAAGUAAUGUUCAACCUGUACGAAAUCCUGUUACUGUCUGUGGUGAUAUUCAUGGACAAUUUCACGACUUAAUGGAGUUAUUUAAAAUUGGAGGCAAUAUACCUGAUAUGAACUACCUUUUUAUGGGAGAUUAUGUGGACAGAGGCUAUCAUAGCGUUGAAACAGUCAGUCUAUUGGUAGCUAUGAAGUUACGGUUUCCCCAAAGAAUUACAAUACUUAGAGGAAAUCAUGAAUCCCGUCAAAUUACCCAGGUCUAUGGAUUUUAUGACGAAUGUUUGCGUAAAUAUGGCUCUGCUAAUGUAUGGAAGUAUUUUACUAAUCUUUUUGACUAUUUCCCCUUAACUGCAUUAAUUGAGGAUCGUAUAUUUUGUCUUCAUGGUGGUCUUUCUCCUAGUAUUGACUCAUUGGAUCAAAUUCGAUCAUUAGACCGUGUACAAGAAGUCCCUCAUGAGGGUCCUAUGUGUGAUCUGCUUUGGUCUGAUCCUGAUGAUCGUUGUGGCUGGGGUAUCUCUCCCCGUGGUGCUGGUUACACCUUUGGACAAGACAUAUCUGAAUCUUUCAAUCAUGCAAAUGGCUUAAAUUUGACUGCAAGGGCUCAUCAACUGGUAAUGGAAGGUUAUAAUUGGGCUCAUGAUGGCGAUGUUGUAACUAUCUUUUCUGCGCCUAAUUAUUGUUAUCGUUGCGGUAAUCAAGCAGCAAUUUUGGAGGUUGAUGAUAAUAUGAAUCAAGUUUUCCUGCAAUUUGACCCAGCACCCAGAAAAGGCGAACCUGUCAUUGCUCGAAGAACUCCAGAUUACUUCCUUUAAAAGAUUUUUCAACGCUCAAAAAAAUUGAUCCUCUUUGUAUUUAGCAUCAUACUUAAAGUAUGUAAAAUUUAUGAUGAAUACUUUUUAUAUCCUCAAUUUUUAGAGGUCGUAUCGCGUGAUCAUUUGCAUAUAAUUCUUUUUUUUUUUCGUAAUGAAAAAGUAGGAUGCGCGUUACGUCGCUUGUUUGGGAUUACAAAUCGAUCAGGCAUAAUGGAAUUUUUGGUUAAAGACUGUCGUUCCUAUAUAAAGAUUACCUUUUGUUUAAUAUAAUGUACCUAACAGCAGCUAAACAGUAAGUGAUAGUAUAAUGUGGUUAUGUCUUAUAACCAGUAUCAAAUAAACUUUGUGAUAUUGGAAGUUCAGGUUUUCCUGUAUGAAAUUUUAAUGGACACUAAGGCUAAGUAUCAAGAUUAUUUUGCAAAUAUAAAAGUAUUACAGCAAAUCGAACAACGCAAACAUAAUAUCGAUUGUGAGCAAGGAAACAUGGGUUUGGAU